AGGGUGUGGUCGAGUGCUACACUGUGGCUUUUGUCUACAGUGAAGGUAACCUGAGGUUGCAGGAGGAAGUCCCCACAGUUACUGAGUGACGUCCUGCAGGCUGUAGAGCACCUGCAGCCUGACAGGGAGCUAGAGGCUGAAUGUGGCGUCUGGUGAAAGGUGGAGUCAGAAUGAGAGGGGAAUUGUUAAGGUGAUACCUUUUUGCAAAGCUGCAUGGAACAAGUGUUGGAGAAGAGGAUCGAAGAGGACAUAGACCAGGAGAGCAGGAUGGGGGGCGAGGAGAUGGGUGAUUCAGGGUUCUUGAUGGAAGAGGAGUUAGACCUUGAGUUAGACUCUGGGUUUUGCAUGGAAGUGGACUCGGACCUGAGUUUAGCAGGACAGGUGAGCUUAGACUCAGACGGACACCUAGAGAUAGAGGGGUUGGACUGGUUUGUGAUUACAGGACACACAGAUUCUCUAAGCGAGGGGAGUCCAGGAGGAGAUGAAAGUAGUGAAACCCAGGAGAAGGCUGAGAUUGAGGCAGAUUCAGGGUCGAUGGAGAGCGGAGAGACUAAAGCAGAGAGAGGGGAAGAGAUGGAUGGUCAAACCGAAGAGGUCAAAGAGGAAGAGGGAGUCUUGGAUGUGUGUUUGUGCCCCGUGGAGGAGAGUGGGGGUCAAGUACGCAUCUCUCUGGAGGAGGUGGAAAGAUACUACAGAUUUUCGCGCUGCUGCCACUGGCUGUGUGAUGAGAUCAUGCAGCUGGACAGCAGUCCCCUCCGUGCUGCUGACAUCACCCCUGACCUCAAGAAGCAGUUUGCCUUCCUCUCAGGAGGUAGAGGCGAUAAUGGCAGCCCCAUCAUUGUGUUCCCAGAAUUCCCUGCAUUCGGAGAGAUCACCGAUGGAGAGUUUCACAACGUGCUGACCUAUCUGACGAGUGUGCCCAGUUUGUCUUCAACAGGCGUGGGAUUCAUCCUGGUCAUCGAUCGCCGGCAAGACCGAUGGGCAGCUGUCAAGGGGACCCUGCUUCGCAUCGCAGGCUCUUUCCCAGGGAACCUCCAGCUGGUUCUGGUUCUGAGGCCCACCACUCUCCUGCAGCGCACACUCUCUGACAUCCUGUUCAAGUUCAACAAGGAUGAGUUCAAGAUGAAGGUGCCGGUGAUCAUGCUGAGCUCAAUCACUGAGCUGCACUCCUACAUCGACCGCUCCCAGCUGACCCAGGAACUCGGAGGAACACAGGAGUACUGCCAUGAGAAGUGGAUCUCUCACCGCACUGCUAUUGAAGGCUUUGCACUGAUGGUAAAGAAAACGGCACAGACUCUGCAGUCGUUUGGAACUGAACUGGCUGAAACUGAACUCCCCAAUGAGAUCCAGGCCACAAACGUCCUGCUGAGCACACACACCACUAAGAAGGACAAAAUGAAGGAGAAUCUGCUGGUGGCUUUAGGUCAGGGCAGCCGGCUGCUGGAAAGCAUCAAUGAACCUGUGGUGCGAGACCCCGACCACAACAUGAACCAGGAUGAACUGGAGAACCUGGCUACUGUGCAAAGACUGCUCUCUCAGCUGGACGAGACAGAAAGGGCUUUCGAUGAGUUCUGGGUGAGGCAUCACACCAAACUGCAGCAGUGUCUCAAACUGCGCCACUUUGAGCACAACUACAGAGAGGUGAGGGCUCUGCUGGAUCAGGUGUCUGAGAAACUCGCAACCUUCUCUGAGGUGGGGAUCAGCCCGGCCCACGCUGACCAUAUCUUCUGUGAACUCACCACCUAUGAGGAGAGAGUCUGUGAGGUGCUGGACAGAUCUUCAUCACUGGCUCGUGAAGGUGAUGAACUGAUCCAGAACUCCCACUAUGCUGAAGACUCCAUUCAGCCCAAAUGCACAGAGCUCAGAUCAGUCAGUGAGAAUGUGAGCAGCAACCUGAGGGCCAAGAAAGACCACCUCCUCAAAGCCAUGGAGCUGCACCACUGUUUGGAGAGGGCUUCUAAAUGGGUUGAUGAUGGUAUUUACCUGCUGGCAUCUCAGCCGGUGGACAAGUGUCAGUCACACGAGGGGGCGGAGUUAGCCCUGAAGGAGCUGGAGCGCUACCUGGAAAACGCAGGCCAGAACCAACUGACAGACCUCAGUACCAUCUGGAGGGAAUAUGAGGCAGUGCUCAACCAGCAGUUCAGGGACCAAGUGGAGAAGGUUUUCCAAAAGCAGGUGUCCAUGCAGGAGAUGUUUGACAAGAGGAGGAUCAGCCUGAAGAAGCUCGCAGCCAAACAGACCAGGCCGGUGCAGCCGGUGGCCCCCAGACCUGAAGCCUUCAUCAAAUCCCCCCUCAGCUCACCUGCACACAGAGCACAGCACGACAGAAAGAGCUCCGAGACAGACUCUGGGAACAACUGUGAGAAAGAAAAUGGCCAACUGCAGAACGGUGACAGUAACAGCAGACAUGCCUCCCUGUCAGAGGAGGAGGAGAACCUGGCGGUGCUCAGGAGGCACGUUAUGAACGAGCUGCUGGAAACUGAGAGAGCCUACGUGGAGGAGCUGCUCUGUGUAUUACAGGGAUAUGCCUCUGAGAUGGACAAUGCAGCCAUGGCUCACCUCAUCCCCGCUCCUUUGCAGAACAAAAAGGAGGUUCUGUUUGGCAACAUGCCGGAAAUCUACCACUUCCACAAGAGGACGUUCCUGAGGGAGCUGGAGCAGUACACCGACUGCCCAGAGCUGGUUGGAAGGUGUUUCCUAGAGAGGAUGACAGACCUGCAGAUCUAUGAGAAGUACUGUCACAACAAGCCUCGCUCUGAGAGCCUGUGGAGGCAGUGCUCAGACUGUGCCUUCUUCCAGGAGUGUCAGAAGAAGCUGGAGCAUAAACUGGGCUUAGAUUCCUACCUGCUGAAGCCUGUUCAGAGGAUUACCAAAUAUCAGCUGCUACUGAAGGAAAUGCUGAAGUACAGCAAGAGCUGUGAGGGGGCCGCUGACCUGCAGGAGGCACUUACCGCCAUCUUGGGCAUCCUCAAGGCUGUCAAUGACUCCAUGCACCUCAUCGCCAUCACAGGAUAUGAGGGUAACAUGAGUGAGCUUGGUAAGCUGCUGAUGCAGGGGUCAUUCAGCGUGUGGACGGAGCACAAGAAAGGUCACGCCAAGGUGAAGGACCUGGCCCGUUUUAAACCCAUGCAAAGGCACCUCUUCCUCCAUGAGAAGGCUCUGCUGUUCUGCAAGAGGAGGGAGGAGAACGGGGAAGGCUACGAGAAGGCUCCAUCGUACAGCUUCAAACAAUCUCUGAGUAUGAGCGCUGUGGGCAUUACUGAGAAUGCAAAGGGAGACAACAAGAAGUUUGAAAUCUGGUGCAACUCCAGGGAAGAGGUCUAUAUUGUUCAGGCGCCCUCGGCUGAAGUAAAGACCACUUGGGUAAAUGAGAUCAGGAAGGUGUUGACAACCCAGCUGGAAGCCUGCAGAGGUACAAAGACCAGCCAGCAGAGGGCACCAGACCAGGUUUUCCAGUUCUCCCCUGUGCCCAGUGGGACCGUAAAUCUCAGUCCGUUCAAGUCGGGUCAGAAGACCUUGAAGAAGGGAGAGGAGAAGAAAGCUGAGCCCUGCAGCCCUGAUGCUAACUCCUCUUCUUCACCAAAGCCCACGGGAAAAGAUGAGGCUGUGACAAGCCCUACCUCAGACAGAGCUGCUGUGGCAAAAAAGCGCUUUACUUUACAGGGCUUCAGUAACCUCAAAGCUCAGAAAGGAUCUCCCACGAGCCCUGAUCACAAGACGAAACGCCAGAGUGACCCCACGCCAUUUGGCUUCAAAGAUGCAGGUCCUCCCCCGCUCCAACUGAGCAGGGCCAGGUGGUUCAGCACCUCUAAUCUCUUACAGACAAAGUGGAGAGGCUGGAACAAGACCUCCCUGUCCUUGGAUGCCUCAGAGGAGCACGAUGGCUACUCCAGUGCUGAGGAUCCUCUUAACUCUGACCCAGAGGACGACAACGGCAAGAAGCUGUCUGCUGGCAAAUAUACAGUGAUGGCUGACUAUGAGAAAGGCGGCGCCCAAGACUUCUCAGUGAAGAGCGGAGACAUGGUGCAGCUCGUGAAGGAGGGGGAUGAUGGACAGUGGUUUGUGCGUAACCUGAGCAGUUCUAAGGAGGGCUGGAUUGCAGCUGCUAAUCUCAUCACACUCAUUGGGAAGUCCAAGUCUUGCCAGUCUCUCACCAGCUCAGAAGGCAGCGGCUCUGGAAACCUCAGCACAUCGUCCAGCUGCAGUGAGACCUACACAAGCUUCUCCGACAUCAAGCCCUGAACUCAGCACUUCCUCCAUCACCAAACUGCCCUCGCGAAUGCUAGCAUCGUGUGGCUAUCUGUCCUGUAAUGCCAACAGUGGUACUCUUGAAAAUUUCAACAGGUUUCCACAGAGAGCUGUUUUUCUUUUUUUUUAGACCAUGCACAGUCACCUAUAAUUUAAGUCAUAAUCUCAAAGAUUUUCAUUUUAAUAAAUGUCUGUUAAGUCACUGUCUAUCACGGAAUGAGGUAACACAAUGGUGAUUGAGCCUAAGAAAGCCUUUGCAUUUGCAGUUUCACACACUGGGUGUCGAAGGCAACGUUCCUGCAAAAAAAAUCACAAGCGCACAGUCACUAGUAGUCUGCUCUCACGCACACAUGGUCUAUGUAGUGGUAACCCUUUCAUCUUGCCGGCUGCAGGGUCAUAAAGUGAGCUGAUAUAAAUGUUCUUAUAGCCGAUCUGCACCACCCAACUCGCAAAAAUAUGCAUUAAUCAACCACCUGAACCUGACCUGCAAACCACCAACUUUAUGCAUUAUAGUAGCACAAUUGUCAGGACUGAGGCCUGAGACAGGAAUGAGCACUGUGGAGACAUGACGAGAAGGUGGAACGUGGACUGUUGCACGCAAUGUUUUUGUAAGUUAUUAAUAACUUACUGGAAACGCUGCUUUAUCACUUUUUGAUCUGCUUGCCAGAACUUGUGAAACUGUCUAUCAAGCUCACCCAAACACUCCCAAAGUGCUUGUUGUGGGCUAACCUGCACAUCACUAUUAGCCUGGUUUCAAGCCUCAAGGCCUUUGCACACCGAGUCUCUAUUUUUCGUAUGUUUUUUUAAUCCGUCAUCUGACAAAAAUUGUAAGGCACAGAAACUUUGCACACUUACUUAGAUGCAUUUUAUCGUUCUAUUCCUGCAAAAAACUGCAGUAUGAAACAAAACAAAAUGUAAAGACACAUUUGUCCCCUUGCUUCUCUCCACUGGAAGUACCUCCCUGGUUGUUGCUACUCUGGCCCCGUCUUGCAUUUGGCACAGCGGCUACCCGAGUUACAAAAAUGAUACUGUGCGACUAUUAAAUCGCACUCUACUGUAAGCAACAUCAUUGCUCUUGUGCAUAUUGUGAAUAGGCUAAUGUUAGCUCCUCUUUAUCAUGGCAAAUUUCAAGAAGGACAUAGCGUCCAUACCCAAUGAUGGCAGUGUCGGAAGCCAAAAUCAGGCCAGCUGAUUUGGCCCAAUUCUGGGGCAUCAUUCAGUCUCAGCUGAGUCAGGCAAUCGGAUGUGGCCUGGCUAAUUUCAUCCGGUAUGCCGAGUUUGGGCCGAUGCCUUGGCCAGGUGAUUUCUGAUAGCGGCCCAGUGAUGUCAGUGUCGGCAGCCAGAAUCGGGCCAGCUGAUUUGGCGUGUUUCUUGGCUGUCAUUCAUGCCAAGUCUAAGCCGGGUCAGGCAACUGGAUUGGCCCAGCUAAUGUCAACUGGAAUGCAGAGUUUGGUGUGACACGGUCGGCAGCCGGAAUCUGGCCAGCCAAUUUGGCCCGAUAAAUGUGUGUGGCCGGCUGAUUUGUCCCGAUUCUGAGACGUCACUUAUACUGAGUCUCAGCCGAGUCAGGCAUCCGGAUGCAGCCCAGCUAAUUUCAUUUGGCAUACUGAGUUUUGGCCUAUGAUGGACCAGGUCAUUUCUGAUAACGGGCCAGUGAUGGCAGUGUCGGUAGCCAGAAUUAGGCCUGCUCAUUUGGCCUAAUUCUGAGGCAUCAUUCAUGCAGAGUCUAAGCCGAGUCGGGCGACCGGAUGCAGCCCGGCUAAUGUCAUCCGGCAUUCCGAGUUUGGGUCUACGCUGGGCCAGGUAAUUUCUAGAAACGCCCCAGUAAUGGCGGUCUCUGUAUGAAUGAUGCCCCAGAAUCGGGCCAAAUCAGAGUCUCAGCUGAGUCAAGCGACCGAAUGUGGCCUGGCUUAUUUCAUCUGGCAUGCCAGGUUUGGGCCGAUUCUGGGCCAGGUCAUUUUGGCUACCAGGAUAUAGUUCCUCUUAUUUUUUUUGUUGGCCCCGUGUCUACUUCUGCUCUGUUCAUCUCUCGUGUUGCAGAUUUUUAUGUGUCCCGCAGGUUAUGCCACAUUGUCUUGACUGUUUUUUGGUCAAAGAACGCUUUAAAGGCUUUUAACAGAUGUGAAAAUCACAGAAAAAUGAACCUGCUCCGAAAACUUUAAUAACUGAGUCAGUGUGUAAAAAUGAUUGAUGCAACAUGGUGUAUUUAUUUUUAAAUGUGCGUCAAUAUUGCACAAAAAUACAGACUUGGUUUGCAAAGGCCGGAGUCUGCCAACACAACUGCAAUUACUGCUUAUUGCCGUAGGUGCCACCAAAGAGAAUUAAACGGAGAUCUUCGAGAUUGUCACUUUAAGGUAAUAUGUUAUACAUGCGCACAUGUUAUAGACUUGACUGUGGUGCAGUUGUGUGGUGAAGAUACUGAAUAAUGGAUAAAGACAUCACAGACACAGUAUAGUAAAGUGAUCUUCCUCUAGUCACACACUCGUCUGUAUAAUUUCUUUUUUAAUGAAGGACAGAGGAUCCCUGUGUUUAUAUUGUAAUAGAUGUAUGAAUGGGCCAGCAGGACUGAUCUCAGUUGAUGCAUCUAUUUGUGUUCACGUUAAAAGUGGAGGGAGAUUAGAGCUCGUAUGUAGAUGACAGUUGUCUUUGUGUUCAUCUGCACUAAUUCACCCAGGCACGAGUUUAUAAUUCCACUGUUACUGUAAAUAAACGGAGGGAGAGAUAAAUGUGUGCGGCUUGUUUAGUGUGAAUGAAUGUUUCAUAGUCUAAUCACCUCCGUCCUCUGCUCUCCCUUUUACAUGUGUUUAUUUAUUUGUAAGAAACGAAAGAGCCCACAAACGUUUAGUCACUUUAAUUUACCGUCUUCCUUUCUGUCAUUUGUCUCUCUGUCGUCAUUAGAAACCUGUUCUGCCACCAGCUGCCCAGACUUUGUGUAUGAGCUUUUUGUCUUGUGGGGUCUCUGACGGCCUCUUGGUCUAACUCUGUGAGUUCUCACGUACGCUACAGUUUAAAAAAUGUUCCUCCAUGUGAAUAAUCAGAGAUCACUGUAUAGCGCUAACUUAUUCCCCCGUGGAGGGAUCAUGUUCUGAAUGUAGAUAUUGUUCAUUAAUAUCUGUCCGUCCUGAAAUGUUUGUUAUCUGAGAUGCUAUAUUGUACAUUAAGUAUGGUGACGUCACUACUUUGUGACUUGUCUAAUUUUUUUUUACAUAAACGACUUGUGAUAAUUCAGUCGCUGUCUCUUCUUUUGUCCUGAUGAAGACUUAGCCGUGAUGAAGGAUUCAUUCCUGAUCGCACAACGAGGUACUCUUAUGUCUUGCACUGGGGUCUUGCACAAGUAUCAUACGUGGGUAAAAAUUUGGAAUACUUGCACUUAAUAAGUUUAUUCUUUUCCUGACACUUUCUGCUUUUACGUCACUACAUUUCAGAGGGAAACAUACUUUUUACUUCACUUAUUUGAUGAUAGAUUAGAGAUUUUUGCAUAUCAAAUACAUGA